AUGAGCUCGAAGGAGAAGCCCACUCUCGGAGGAACGCGGAUUAAGACCCGCAAAAGGAAUAUUGCUGCUCCUUUGGACCCUGCUGCUUUCUCUGAUGCUGUUGUCUUGAUUUAUCUUGAUAAUGCUGGUGAUCUGGAACUUGUUGCCAAGGCUGUUGAGUCAUCUGAUCUUAAUUUCUCAAGAUACGGUGAUAUUUUCUUUGAGGUUGUUUUCAUAGGAGGACGUACGCAAACUGGUUCAGUGAAAUCUGACGAAGGGGAACGACAUCCUUACUCUAUCAUCGACUGUGAACCAAACCGUGAAGCUAUCUUACCAUCAGUUGUCUACAUCCAGAAAAUCUUGCGCAGGAAACCUUUCCUUAUUAAGAACCUCGAAAAUGUUACCCGGAGGUUCUUGCAGUCGCUCGAGCUUUUCGAGGAAAGCGAGAGGAAGAAGCUUGCCAUCUUCACCGCCCUUGCUUUUUCCCAGAAGCUCUCGGGUUUGCCUGCGGAGACUGUCUUCCAGCCACUGCUUAAGGAUAACCUCGUUGCCAAAGGGAUAGUGCUCACUUUUGUGACAGACUUCUUCAAUGAGUAUUUGGUAGAGAACAGUCUUGAUGACUUGAUUGCUAUUCUGAGACGUGGCAAGAUGGAAGACAAACUCUUGGACUUCCUGCCACCUACUAAGCGGACUACUGAAUGUUUUGCUGAGCAUUUCAACAAGGCGGGAUUGACAGCUCUGGUAGAGUACAAUGAGAAGAAAAUAUUCGAGGUGAAGCUGAAGGAAAUAAAAGAAGUCCUUACGAGCCAAGUAUCAGAGGAGAUUAACAUAGAAGAGGUGAUUGAAACGGUGAAGCAACAGGUGAAAGAUGCUAAACUGCCAGAGAUUGAGGUUGUGCGUGUGAUCUGGGACGGGAUAAUGAAUGCUGUUCAAUGGUCUGGGAAGAACCAGCAGCAAAACUCAAACUCUGUACUACGCCAAGUGAUGUUUCCAGAGGUAGUGAGGUCUUUGUAUGAGCUUGAUGUGCUUGCUGAAGACACUAUUCUCCAUUGGUAUAGCAAAGGGAGCAACCCUAAGGGCAGGCAAACGUUUGUGAAGGGACUGGAGCCGUUUGUGAAUUGGCUUGAAGAGGCUGAGGAAGAAGAGCUCCAAGACGAGAGUAUUUGA